GAACGGAAGAAGCCUUUGCCGCCGUUUGACAAUAAUAUGUAGUGGUUAUGUUGGUAUCAAUGUCAAAUGUUCAAACUUCCGGUUUGAGAAAACGCUGCAUUUUGUUGAGUUUUUAGCUUUACUUGCAAUAAUUACACUGUUUCUACUACAAAAUGGAUUGGCAAUUAACAUGUCGGGUGUGUUUAGAAACCGGUGACAUGGUUUCUCUCUUUGAUUGGGACGAAAAUAACGAACAACUUGGCGACAAGUACACCUACUGUUGCGGCGUGGAGGUGUCCAAAAAUGAUAGUUUACCGACGCUAAUAUGUCUGAAUUGCGUGGAUAAGCUUACUUACGCCUAUCUAUUCAAGCAGCAGUGUCUUACAUCUAACGAUACGUUGAAAGAAUGUUUGGAAGAGUUCAAGAAGAGUUCGGAAACUGUGUCUGCGGGGCAUUCAUCAAAAGUUGGCAAAGAGACAGAAACUAUAACUAUAAAGCAGGAGAAUGGGUUGUUGCUGCAGUAUGAGUUGCCUGUGGAACAUGACCCUCAGGGUCAAUGGACCCGCACUCUUGUCAAGACUCCUAGCAGUGCCGUAGUGACUAAAGCUCCUGGACCAAGAAAAAGAGGCCGGCCUAGGAAGUAUCCUAAUGAACAAGGACAGAUAGAACUGUCUCCCUAUCAGCGCAAGAAACCAAAGAGUCAGGAGAAGGAGCCGGAAGCCCUAACAACAUUACUUGCCACCGGCUCUUUGGAUUUAAAGCAAGAGCCAGAGGAUGCUGAGGAUGAGGCGUUUGGUCAUGAUGGAUAUGGAAACCCAGAUGACGAUCCUGAUUUUGAACCAGCUGGUGAAGAUCCUGAAUCAGAACCAGAAAGCAAAGAAACUGCACCUCCACCACGCAAACGCGGCAGGCCUCGCAAAACGCCUCUGAUACCUAAGAAACAGCCAAAGUCAGAGGAUGGUGAGGACAUGCUGCUCAAGGAGACCAUCCUGGCCUUCUCCGAGCCAAUCCCUGAGCACAUCCUAAACCCUAAGCCUAAGAAGAAGUACCAGACUAAGAAGAAAUAUAUCUAUGAGAAGACGCACACUUGUGAAACAUGCGGCGCUUCCUUUACCUCCAAUGCGUCCUUACAGGCUCACAUCCGACGUCAUUUAGGAAUCAAACCAUUUGUCUGCAGCGUUUGCGGGUACGCGUGCGUUCUGAACAUGGAGUUGCGUCGCCACAUGAUGCGGCACACGGGCGUGCGGCCCUACAAGUGCCGCGUCUGUGACCGCCGCUUCGGGGACUUCGGCAGUCGCCAGAAGCAUGAGAGGUUACACAUGGGCGUUCGUCCAUACCAGUGCUCUUUGUGUGGCAAGUCGUUCACGUACUCCUACGUGCUCGCUAACCACAUGCUGACACACACAGGAGAAAAGAAAUACUCAUGCGGUCCUUGCAACAAGAAGUUCACGAAAGCCCACCACUUGAAGUACCACAACAAGGUGCACCACAAGGAGCUGUACCUGCAGCAGCAGCUGGAGCUGGAGGCCAAGAAGAUGCGCCAGCAGAUCAACGUCACCGGAAAGAGAAAUUAG